AUGGGUGUGAUCUCACCUGAAAUUGCUUUAGCAAUCGAGAAAAUGGUGGUUUUGGAUCGGUGCCCAGGAAUAGCGUGUGCUCUGAAUUAUUGGUACCUUAUCUUACCGGGGAUGUUUUCCGACCCUUACCCGUCAUGGCUUCGGACUGCCACCACCAUUGACCACCACCACCAUCUUCACCACAAACAACUGUUAUCUCUUCUGAACAAUCGCUCUCGCCCAACAACAACACGUGACGAUCGAACCUUGGAUCCGUCGCUGACGGGAGAUGACCAUCGGUGGAGAGGAAGACAAGUGGGCUGGCAGAUUUCGUCGAGGGUGGCCAAGCCACGUGUGACAACCCGAUGCCUGGAUCUGGUGCUGUGGCCAAACCUGACCGACAACUUUUUUAUGUACAUAAUUAUAUCUUAUGAUGUAUACGGUAUAUAA